GGUUCCGCCGCCCCCGCAACGGUGUGUCCGUGUCGCCGCCGUGUUUUAAGGAACUGGAACCAUGACGGACUCCAAAUACUUCACGACCAAUAAAAAAGGAGAGAUUUUUGAACUGAAGGCUGAACUCAAUAAUGAAAAGAAAGAGAAGAGGAAAGAAGCUGUAAAGAAGGUCAUUGCAGCCAUGACUGUGGGGAAGGAUGUCAGCUCACUAUUUCCUGAUGUUGUGAACUGCAUGCAGACUGACAACCUGGAGCUGAAGAAGCUGGUCUACCUGUACCUGAUGAACUAUGCCAAAAGUCAGCCAGAUAUGGCCAUUAUGGCUGUCAACAGCUUUGUGAAGGACUGUGAAGAUCCAAACCCUCUCAUCCGUGCUCUGGCUGUCCGUACCAUGGGAUGCAUCAGGGUGGACAAGAUCACAGAGUAUUUGUGUGAACCUCUCCGCAAGUGUCUGAAGGAUGAAGACCCUUACGUGCGGAAGACGGCAGCUGUCUGUGUGGCAAAGCUGCACGACAUCAAUGCCCAGAUGGUGGAGGACCAGGGCUUUCUGGAUUCUCUGCGUGACCUGAUUGCAGACUCCAAUCCCAUGGUGGUAGCAAACGCUGUGGCUGCCCUGUCAGAGAUCAGUGAAUCGCAUCCCAACAGCAACCUGCUGGAUUUGAACCCUCAGAACAUUAACAAGCUGCUGACUGCUUUAAAUGAGUGCACAGAGUGGGGCCAGAUCUUCAUCCUGGACUGCCUGUCCAACUACAACCCCAAGGAUGAUCGUGAAGCUCAGAGUAUUUGUGAGCGGGUGACCCCUCGGCUGUCUCACGCCAACUCAGCCGUGGUGCUGUCAGCAGUGAAGGUCUUGAUGAAGUUCCUGGAACUCCUUCCCAAGGACUCUGACUAUUACAACAUGUUGCUGAAGAAACUUGCCCCUCCAUUGGUGACCCUGCUGUCUGGAGAGCCUGAAGUUCAAUAUGUUGCUCUGAGGAACAUCAACCUGAUUGUGCAGAAAAGGCCUGAAAUCCUGAAGCAGGAAAUUAAGGUGUUCUUUGUGAAGUACAACGACCCCAUCUAUGUCAAACUGGAGAAACUGGACAUCAUGAUCCGCCUUGCUUCUCAAGCAAACAUCGCCCAGGUCCUGGCAGAGCUGAAGGAAUAUGCUACUGAGGUGGAUGUUGACUUCGUGCGCAAGGCUGUGCGAGCGAUUGGACGCUGUGCCAUCAAGGUUGAGCAAUCUGCAGAGCGCUGUGUGAGCACCCUGCUGGACCUCAUCCAGACCAAGGUCAACUACGUGGUCCAGGAGGCCAUUGUUGUCAUCAGAGACAUCUUCCGCAAGUACCCCAACAAGUAUGAGAGCAUCAUUGCCACUCUGUGUGAGAACCUGGAUUCCCUGGAUGAACCAGAUGCCAGAGCUGCCAUGAUCUGGAUAGUGGGUGAAUAUGCAGAGAGAAUUGACAACGCAGAUGAACUGUUGGAGAGUUUUCUGGAGGGCUUCCAUGAUGAGAGCACUCAGGUGCAGCUCACUCUACUGACUGCCAUAGUGAAGCUGUUCUUAAAAAAGCCUUCUGAGACACAGGAGCUGGUUCAGCAGGUCCUCAGCCUGGCCACUCAGGAUUCUGACAACCCAGACCUGCGGGAUCGUGGCUACAUCUACUGGCGCCUUCUUUCCACGGAUCCAGUGACUGCCAAAGAGGUGGUGCUCUCAGAAAAACCUCUCAUUUCUGAGGAGACUGAUCUGAUUGAACCCACUCUGCUAGAUGAGCUCAUCUGCCAUAUUGGGUCUCUGGCCUCUGUGUACCACAAACCACCCAAUGCUUUCGUGGAGGGGAGCCACGGGAUCCACCGCAAACACUUGCCCAUUCACCAUGGAAGCACUGAUGCAGGUGACAGCCCAGUGGGCACAACCACCACCACAAACCUCGAGCAGCCACAGGUCAUUCCAUCACAGGGUGACCUUCUGGGUGACCUUCUUAACCUGGACCUGGGACCCCCAGUGAAUGUUCCUCAAGUGUCCUCCAUGCAGAUGGGUGCUGUGGACCUCCUGGGAGGAGGGCUGGACAGCUUGCUUGGCAGUGACCUUGGCGGGGGCAUUGGAGGAAGCCCGGCAGUGGGGCAGACCUACAUUCCCUCCUCUGUGCCAGCCACCUUUGCCCCUUCACCCACCCCUGCAGUGGUGAGCAGUGGACUCAAUGAUCUCUUCGAGCUCUCAUCUGGUAUAGGCAUGGCUCCUGGAGGAUAUGUGGCUCCAAAGUCUGUUUGGUUGCCUGCAGUGAAAGCUAAAGGCUUGGAGAUCUCAGGCACGUUCAGUCACAGGCAGGGACACAUCUACAUGGAGAUGAACUUCACCAAUAAGGCUUUGCAACACAUGACUGACUUUGCCAUUCAGUUCAACAAGAACAGCUUUGGGGUCAUCCCAAGUACCCCCCUGGCCAUUCACACACCUCUGAUGCCAAACCAAAGUAUUGAUGUCUCGCUGCCCCUCAACACUCUAGGACCAGUCAUGAAAAUGGAGCCUCUGAACAACCUCCAGGUGGCUGUGAAAAACAACAUUGAUGUCUUUUACUUCAGCUGCCUGAUUCCUCUCAACGUGCUUUUCGUAGAGGAUGGCAAAAUGGAGCGCCAGGUCUUCCUUGCAACAUGGAAAGAUAUUCCAAAUGAAAACGAGCUUCAGUUCCAGAUUAAAGACUGUCACCUCAAUGCUGACACUGUCUCCAGCAAACUGCAGAACAACAAUGUCUACACCAUUGCCAAGAGGAACGUGGAGGGGCAGGACAUGCUUUACCAGUCUCUGAAGCUCACCAAUGGCAUCUGGAUCCUGGCUGAGCUUCGCAUCCAGCCGGGGAACCCCAACUACACGCUCUCCCUGAAAUGCCGAGCUCCUGAAGUGUCCCAGUACAUCUACCAGGCCUACGAUGCCAUCUUGAAAAACUAACAGGAGCUGAGCCUGUGCCUCACCCUGCAGAAGGAGGGGGGAGAAAAGGGGUCCCCACACCCUCCUUCAACCACUGGCACAGGGCAGGGGGGGUGGGGGAAAAACAAAGCACUCUUUAACUGGAAGCAGCUGUAUUCAUGUGUAGGAUUUGAGCCCAAGGCACUGACUUUAACAGGUAGCAAUUAGUAUCCACGUGCUAAGGAUGGGAGGGAACAAACCCCUUUGAUAUUUUUAGUGUCCAUGGAGUUUGUAACCACUGCUUCAACUCCUCCCCUCAUCCCUCACCCCCUUCUCCUGGGCUUCUCCAUUUUGUGCCAAUGUUCUGUGUUUUCUAAAUGGCUUUAGGCUUUAGUUACUGAUUUUGUAGGACAGUGCUCCUGGAGACAGCCAAGCCCAGGCACAGGCUGGCUCUCCAGACUCCAGCCAGAGCUCUUGGGCACCAUCCACACUGCACUUUAUUUUCUAUUUUUAUACUUUUCUUUGGGGUUUUUUGUUGAGUUGUUUUGGUUUUUGCUAUUGUGGUUGGCUUCAAAGGGAAGGUGAUGCCAGGGCAGGUGAUUCCAAGGAAGGUGUUGGGAGCCCUGCAGGGAUGGUGGGGCUCUAGCAGGGAAGGCACAGAGGAUCAGGAGCAGAGCCAUCAGCUGGGUCCAUGGAGGCAGAUGGAGCCCUGAAGAGUGGGGUUUUUUUAUUACACUUGUGCUGGCAGACUCAGCUCUGCUUUUGAUGGUGGUUUUUUUCCACCCAGCCAUCUCCCUGGCUCAUUAGCUGCUGAUUUGAGGAGUGAGGCUGCUUUUGUGUGGGGAGGAGCUGCAGACCCCAGAUGGAUAACGGGGUGACAUGAAGGAAACAAGCCCAUCCUUAGAGCAAAAGGCUUUUGCCAGAGCUCUGCUCAUGGCCUCUGCAUCCUCACACAUCUGCAGCCCCUCAUCUUUCUGUGCCUGCCAUGGCCAAACUGCCUUCUCAGCCAUCCCCUGAGCUGUGCUGCUUGCCCCAGCGCUGCGCUCGCUCUGGAGGUGCUCAGUCAGCUGUGCCCCUGCAGAGAGGAGGCUGCUGCUGGCAGUGUCCUGGGCUGCUGGGGCAGGGGAGCAGCUCUCCCUGUUCCCCUGCUGUCCCCCAAAGCCCAGCCUGGGCCGUGGUAGGAGGUGUUUUGGGCUCUGUGGAGCGGGCACCUGCCUGCCCUGGGGCCUGGGCUGAGUUGAGCAGAUGGUGCAUUUGUCUCAGUUGCAGCUGAGCUCUGUGUGCCCAGAGGCACAGGGUAACAAGGCUCUGUCACAUUCCUGCUCCCACCUCCCCUCCCAAGCAGCCCCAUGCCCUGGCCCCUUGUUUCCAACCUGUCCUUAGGGCCAGGGCUGCUUCCCUUUCCAGGCCACGGCUGUGGACUCACCACGUUGCAACCACUAAGUGCUGUGGCAACAGCAGUGAAAGCAAAGCCUCUUGCAUGUCCUUGCUCCAUCCAUAGCUUGUCCUGCUUCACCCAAGCCACUACCCAGAACAACUCUGCCCUCUCCAGCAUGCUUCAACACCAUCUCCUCCCCUGCAAGCAAAGCUCUUAUGCAUAGCAAACCCCUCCACGUUGUCUUUUUAGGUGCCACAUUCCAAGUCAGUCAGUGUUUUAUGGUGAGAGAUGGUUCAUCAGGGCUUUGGCAUUGGCUGCAACCACAAAGCCAGUGCUGGGAGAAGCUCAUCAUGCCCUGGAAGAGACUCCAGCAGGGCACAGGAGCUGCUGCAGGAGCCUGAGGAAGGUGUAGGAACCCUGUGUAGGAACCCCUGUACUCUGGCUGGCGAAGAAGUGGGUCAGAGCUGGGAGCAAUCCAGCCCUUGAGCUCUGCCCACGUGGGCUGGGAGGUGAAUUGCUCCAAACCCUGAGGGUACCCUGCAAAAGUCAUUAACAGAGCAAUUAAAGCACCAGUGGCCCUGAGGGCAGGGAGGAGACAGAAGCCAGCCAGGAACCAACACUGAAGUCUCCUCCACUAAAUAGCUGCUGUAGCUUCUAUGCUGGGAGGGGUUCCUGAGCACCCCCUUCUCUUGCCAGCGCCCUUCCCAGCCUUGUGGGGGUGUCUGUGCUGCAGGGCAGGGCUGGGGCUCAGCCUGGGGCAUCUCUCCUUCCUGAGCACCCCCUUCUCUUGCCAGAGCCCUUCCCAGCUCUGUGGGGGUGUCUUUGCUGCAGGGCUGGGGCUCAGCCUGGGGCAUCUCUCCCUCCUGUGUCUGCGUUGUUGUGUUGCUCUUCAGCCUCCCCCUGCCCUCCCUGUCAAUAAACUCAUUUCCACGA